ACAUUUCUCCCUACUACACCACUUCUUUGCUACCAAAAACAUCUGUCUUACCUUUUUUUAACCCUUUAUUUUAUCUCUCUACGCUCAAGGUUAAUUUGGUUCUUCAUUUCUUCUUUGAUUCAGGUUUUUUGGGAUUAGUGACCUUUUAAUUAUGGGGUUUACCUAUGCAACUGAGAAUCACGAGAAUUCCUAGUUGGCCAGGUUGACAUUUAUUGAAAGCUAACAUGGAGGAUGAUAAUGGGCUUGAGCUUAGCCUUGGUUUAGGUUGUGGAGGAUCAUCGGUGAAAUCCAAAGGUAAAAACAGCAGUCCGUCAGAUGCAAGGACUGAAGAAGGUGACAAAGGUAAUAAAUUGGUAGAUGAUUUCAAAAACUUCCUCCAUGGUGGUGCCCAGAAGCAGGAUUCGAGUUCCGGUUCUCAAAUGAGUGAUACAGUCAAGCCUCAGGAGAACUUCUUUAAUGACCUGUCUAAGGCCAAUGCUGAUACUGAUACUUCAAUAAACGUGAACAGUAGGGGGCUAUGGAUUUCAAGCAGCAAUAGACAUGCUGAAACUGAAGAAGAGAAAAGGGCGGAGGCUGGUUAUAAACGUAAAAUGUUGUUUGAUGACAUGGACAAUCGGAAGAAACAUGACAGAGAUUCACAUCAUUCUGAUUUACAUGACAAGAAAUCACAUAUUUCUAUAACUGAAGAUGGGUCUACUGCUGAAAAUGAAGACGUGGGAGAGUCUGAAGUGGGUUCAAAUUCACGGUUGGUCUCUAAUCAUGAUGAUGUGUCCAAGCGUUUUAUUGGAGUUGGUGGUCCUUCUGAGGUUCCCAAGGAAGUUCGUGGGUUUUCUGAUUCUAGCGUCAUAGACUUACAAGGAAGAAAGAGGCCAAAUAGUUCAUUAGAAAGCGAGGUUAAGCAAGGGAACUCAAAUUAUGGAGUUCCAUUCCCAAUCCGGCCUGUAAACGUCAUGAACAUGCCAUACUCGUUUUCUGCAAAGGAAUCCAACUCUAUUGGUGCACCUGGCAUUGCAGGCCAUCCUCUACAGGGUAUGAUGCAGGUAAUGCCCAUUUCAAAUGGUGAUCAACGAUUGGGGACACAGUCUGUGAAUCCUGGAAAUUUGCCAGUAAUGUUCGGUUAUUCACCUGUCCAGCUUCCAACAUUGGAUAAAGAUAAUUCGUGGGGAUUGGUUUCUCAACAAUUCCACCCUUCAUAUGCUAUCAGAGGUCCAUCAAACUCAGAUAAGAAAAAUGAUGGCUUCAAGAUGACUCCAGCCAUGCAGGUGAUACCGCGAAAUGCAUCUGAAGCUUCACUAUACGAUGGAAGGAUAUUAGAUCACGUCAAAGGUGAUGGCAAACAGACAGAAGAAGGCUCCUCGUCUCAUACUGAAGACGAUGCAAAAGCAAGCAGCAUGAACCUUAGGCCGAGAGAUAUUUCCGGGCCAUCAUCAACAGCAGAAGGUCACUCUUUUGAUUUUUCUGCUAUAAAGCCUGGAAUAGCACCAGAAGUGAAAUUUGGAGGCUGCGGCUCCUAUCCAAAUUUACCCUGGGUUUCUACAACAGGUUCUGGCCCAAAUGGCCGAACAAUUUCAGGUGUUACGUACAGAUACAGUGCAAACCAAAUCAGGAUUGUGUGUGCUUGUCACGGUUCCCACAUGUCACCUGACGAGUUUGUGAGGCAUGCAAGCGAUGAGAAUGUUAAUCCAGAAAAUGGCGGUUUAGCUUCAUUACCAAGUAAUAAUCCUGCUGCCUCUGCUCAGAGCUGAAAUUACCAUUAUUUUUGCUAACAGCAUCUUUAUAUAUUGGUCUAUAUCAACCUAAACCGCUUUUUAAGAACCUUAGAUACCAUUUAUAAGAUUUCCACUUAAGUUUUUGCUGUUUGCUUGCUUUAAUUAUUUGUUUUUAUAAGCUUAGUUGCUGCAAUCAAAUGUUGCAGGUGUAUGUAAUAAUAACUUAGCAUUGAGAAAAAUUGUUUCAUAUUUAUAUCGAAAGCCGUUAAAUUCGGAAUUUCACA